AUGCAUAAUUGGGAUGGGAAUGGGAAUGAGAAUGGGAAUGGCAUACCACCCCCGAUUCGACUCAUUGCCAUCCCUAUUCAAAACCAAUCCAGCGCUCCAGCUCACUCAAGAAUGGGACGGCAGUGGUCCGCCGGCAAGCUCGUCCUGAUCUUGGACGCAGUACAUUGGAAUCCUGAAGCACCACCACGAACGUUACCGCGCGUUCGCACACACACUCUCAUGUACUUUCCAGUACCAUAUCAACCACACAAUUUCAUAUGA